UCCCGGCGGGCGCAGCGUCUCCAGCGUCCGCGGCCCCCUCGCGCCUGCCCCGGCACCAUGGGAGUGACUUGUGUGUCUCAGAUGCCUGUGGCCGAGGGCAAGAGCAUCCAGCAGACUGUGGAGCUCCUCACCCGGAAACUCGAGAUGCUGGGGGCAGAGAAACAAGGAACUUUCUGUGUGGACUGUGAGACCUACCACACGGCUGCUGCCACCCUUGGCAGCCAAGGCCAGUCUGGGAAGCUGAUGUACGUGAUGCACAACUCCGAGUGCCCUCUGAGCUGCUUCGCCCUCUUUGAGAACGGCCCCUGCCUGAUUGCCGACACCAACUUUGACGUGCUCAUGCUGAAGCUCAAGGGCUUUUUCCAGAGUGCCAAAGCCAGCAAGAUUGAGACCCGGGGCACCCGUUACCAGUACUGUGACUUCCUAGUGAAGGUGGGCACUGUCACCAUGGGGCCCAGCGCCCGGGGCAUCUCCGUGGAGGUGGAGUAUGGCCCCUGUGUCGUGGCCAGUGACUGCUGGAGCCUGCUGCUUGAAUUCCUGCAGAGUUUUCUAGGCAGCCACACGCCGGGGGCUCCCUCUGUGUUCGGGAACAGACACGAUGCUGUGUACGGCCCAGCAGAUACCAUGGUCCAGUACAUGGAGCUCUUCAACAAGAUCCGCAAGCAGCAGCAGGUGCCGGUGGCUGGGAUUCGUUAGUGCCUGGCAGCGACCUGGCUGAGCUUGGUCUUCAAGGGUCGCCACAGGAGGAGCAGGGGCUGUACCCCCAGGCUUUUGGGACCCGGAAACCUUGAACAGUCUAUGGAAGCUUCUCUCUCGUCUCCAGUUCCCAGUUGUGACUUGUGAUCUUGGAACCCCUCUGACCUGGAGCCUGGCUGGACCUGGAGGGUGGGGAUGAUGAAGAGUGGCGAAGUUUGGCCCUUUCUUGCUUUGGGGGAAUAUAGGACAGGGCCGUCCCUGCCGAGUCUUGGUGGGGAAAUCAGCCUGCAUCUCUGGCUAGUGAGGAUCUGGCCUUGCCCUGCCAUUGGACAGACUGCACCUUGUGUUUGGACUGUGCUGUAAUAAAGGCCUCUGCCCUGGAGAUGGGGUGGGGCCAGAACGUGCUUGAAGACCAUCGUGCUCUGAGCGGUUUGCCAAAGCGAACUGUGAAUGGACUGCUCCAGGGUUACCUGUCAUGUGAACUGUCUGACACCUUUUCAUUCUGCUGUGAAUUUUUUUUAAGCCACAGGCUAAGCUGCUGCCGCACAGAAAACCAAAUGUCCAGUGACCCUUCUAGACGGAAUGUCAUUUUGCCCUUACGGACUCUACAAGAUGAACGUUGGUGGUGUAGUAGUUCCCAGUUGGGCUGCGGUGCCCACUGUUGGCAGGUCGACCACCCGACGGGAGCCACAUGGGGUUUUCUGUGCCUGUAAACGGGCGCAGUCUUGGAAACUCACAAGGGCAGUUCCUCCCUGUCCUAUAGGGUUGACGUUCUCGUCAGCAUCAACUGAUGGCAGUGAAAACUCUACAAGGGUGCCAGGAAAUCGGGUUCCUCCUAUCUUGCUCACCUGACCCUGGAGGUGUUGUCCUUUUCCCUGGACCAAAGCAGACUCGUCAGCUCCAGGCCUGCGUUCUUGGGGAGAAGGAUGAGUGAGAAUCGAGGAAACAUUUGCUUUUUCAAGGCUAUAUCCCUGUGCUUGGGCACAUCACUGCAGACCGUUUGCUGAGAAGGAUGCUGGAAAUCACAGCCUUGACAUGACGUCUGGCAGCCUCUGAGGCCCUCACUUCAUGAAGCCGGGCGGCGAAGCUGUGCUCCCAAAGCAGAGAGCUGGAGUCAGGACCAGGCUUCACUUGGGACCCUGCCACCUUCACGGGCCAGGUGAUUCCAGGGAGAAUGGGAACUUUUCUAUCAGUUCUGACCUAACAUUUUAACACGCACCAGACUAGCAUAGCGAGCACUUUACACCUGAAGAUGAGGGAAAGAAAUGCUAUGUUCUACAAUGUGUCCAGCCCACUUUCUGGGCUCAGUGACAGUUCCUGCUCUGUGCUUCCCUGGCUCUCCAGAGCUAUUCUGAUUCUCUGUGACCCUGGUUCCACACUGCCUGCUUCCUUUCAUCAGAGCUUGAGGCCAGAAGUCCUGCCUCCUCCCACCCCCACGUUACUGGUGCCACUGCUCUAUUGAAGGAGUUCCUUAAAGCACGACUGCUGGUCUAGCUCUCAGAUCUGCCUUCUCCCAGGGUGCGCAGUAUCCAUUCCCAGAGCUUCCCGGUGCUGCAUUUAGUGAGCGCUUUCUCGCCAAACUCUAGGGUCCAGGAGGGUUAGAAAUGCCUGCCCACGCACAUCCUCCAGGUAUCAAACACUGACUCUUAGACUAAUGUCUACAAGAAGGCAGAGGGCUAGACAGUUCUGAGGUCCUUCCCAGUUGAUGCCAACUGGGCAGGCCUGAUGUGUGGCCAUGUGACCUGUUUCCAAGCCCCAAACCUGUAAUACAGUCCUGCCUUUUCCUGGUCUCGGGCUCCUUCCCCCUAUCCAUUGGUGGCAAGGCCUAUUCACUGAUGCCUUCCGGGAUGGUGUAACCAGUUGUAUUUACAGGUUGAGGCCUAACCUGGGACUUGGUGUUUUAAGCAAUCACACUUGGGUGGGCUGUUGUCCCCCAAGGGGAGUUUCUGCCAUUGUAUAGAACAGUGUUUAUCAAAGUGGGCACUGGGGGGCGCUGGGAUGACCCAAGGAGGGCUAUAUACGCAGGUGUCUCCACAUUAUCCUGAAUUCUGGGCUUUACUACAGAAGUUUUUCAUUGCCAGGGACGAUGCUAUAUAUAUAUUUUUUUCCUGAGAAGGGGGUGGUAGGCCAAAUACAAUUGGGAACCCGUGGUGUAGACUUCUCAAAUCCGUCUCUUAGCUGGAAAGGACCUGAAGGUCACCUAGGUUGACCUUGAUCCAAUACUCAGCCUCUCCAUGAAGAGGUCCUGCAGCCUGGGUUUGGCCUCGUCCAGGGAACUCCUUCCGCCUGGCUCUGACUUUGGGACAGAAAAUCCAAACAAAAAUCUGUGUGUCCCUCCCAUGUGGUGGGGAGACCUUGUCAGGCUGCAGUGUGGGGUGGGAGGACGGUGACAAGCAGGACUCUCCUCCACCUGUGAGGAGCAAGCUCCCGAAAGGAGUCUUAGGCCCCC